GUCAAACGAAAUGCUGAAGCUCAAGCGUAAGGAACGUCGCAUAGCUGCCUGGACGCAGCUCCAGUCGGGAUUAGCCGGAAAGCACCCAAGCAACUGGAAUCUUACACAGCAGCUGCACAAAUCGAAUGCAGAGCAACUGCAUCAGGAGCUGCGAUUCCUCUUGAUCAUCUGCGUGAUAUUCGGAAGUGCACCAAUUUCCGUCUUGCCCCGCUGUUCGAGUCGCUUUUACGACGUCAUGCAGUAUUGCUGGUUAUUCCUGCUCUACAUUUGGCUCUGCUUCCUCGCCUACUUGGAGCUGAAUGAUUCAAGUGGUAUUCUGAAUAAUUUGGAGAGAAACUUUUAUAUAUUUGAGUCAAUUACCUACCUCAUGCAUAUACCCUGCGUUGUGAUUGUUAGCCUGAGCUGGAAGCGACGCAUUGGCCAGGUGUUCGACACGAUUGGCAAAUUUGACUUGGCUAGUGGAUACAUUGUGAAGCGCAAGAAGAUCCGUCGCUUCGUGCACUUUCAACUCUUCCUGUUGUUCAUCUUCGUUAGCUGCGCCAUACCCAUUGUGUUUUUUAAUAGUGAUGUAACCACUUGGAAAUCGAUCUGCAGUUGGCACACCUACGUCGUACCCAACACCAUGACUGGCUUCUCUUUUGUACUCUACUACACCUUGAUGGAGGGCAUCUGCCGUCGGCUGAAGCGAUUGGUUAAAGCUUUGCAUGCGGAGCUUCAGCGUGGGAUUUCCAUGCGACGAGGUGCACUCCAGGAAUUGCGCUGGCAACACCGAAACCUUCUUCACUUUUAUAAAGUUCUCAAUCAAACCUAUGGCCUCUCAAUUUUGCUGCUCUACUCGAGCUCUUUGAUUAAUUUCAAUACGAAUUUGUUCCUCUUCUAUAAAGCGGUUGAGAAUUCUAGUAAUGCACGCUGGAACUGGUGGUGUUACAAUAUAUUAUUUCUGAUUAUGCAUACGUCCAAAAUGUUUUAUAUUCUCUAUUUUAAUAACAACGUCCAGCGAGAGCAAACCAACUGCCUAACGUUGUUGACCACUGUUCAUGGUAUUAAUGGAGAUUUGAUUGAAACCAUAGAUCACUUUGUAUUGCAGUUGCAGGACAAUGUAAGAGCGCAUGUGGCCUGCGAUCUUUUCGAAUUGGACUACAAACUUAUACCAGCGGUAUUUGUACGCACAUUUCAGUCAAUGUUGUUUUCUAUCAUUUUAUAUAUUCCAGCUGCUCAUGAUAACCACCAGUUUAUUUAUAUUUCUACUCCAAUACGAUGUGACAUUUCAAGCACUGGCUCAUGCUAAUGAAGAAAGCCUAAAAAUAUAGAGCAUCGCGCGCCAAACUUAUCGAAAUUCUGUUGAUUAUUUGGC